AUUAAGGGCACACUGGGGCAGAGGAAGGGGGGUGAGGUGGGGGCGGUCUGCCACGGGUGUCACCACUGGGGGGGGUGACAAAAUGCCAGGUAGUACUCACUGCGGGGCCUGCAGUGUGCCUGAGCCACGCAUGUCCGCGCUCCACGCUGCCCCAAACAGUCCGCCUGCUGCCUCCCCCUAAGCUAUAUGGUGGCUGAGUGGGAGGAGGCAGGCAGACUCCUUGAAGGCCCUGAGGAGCAUCCUGCCCCAGCUCGCCCCGCCCCAUGGGUGGGUGGCCCUGCCCCUAGAUGCAGGGCACGCAUGCCGCCCCAGGUGCCCUAUCAGCUUGCUCCACCACUGAGGGCACAGUGACACUUCAUAUGCUAUGGAACUGCCAGAUCCAUGCAUUGUUCUUGAGGGAGGAUGUCUUUGCCAUUCCCUUGGACUAGUGGGGCAGAGGUUGUCCAUUCAGCUCACUUCUCUGUAAGAUUCUGAUGGGACUGCGGGCUUAGGAUCCUGCUCAUCUGCAGGCACAAAUGUGAUUGAGACCCUACACAUAUCCCUCAUAUCUGGAGAAGGCAAGACGAAGCUGCUGUUUCCACAUUUGCAAAGAAUUAUGAUAAAUAUACGUUUACUGAGAAAGAAAUAGGCACAAUACAUUUUGCCUUGUAAUUUCCACAUUGAAAACUGAACACACAAACAAUUUGAUAAAGCCAUUCCCCAUCUCAUAAUAACCAAUUCCACAAUUGCCAUUCAAAGUCAAGCACUGCCUGUCUAUUAAAAAUAAAUGCCCAUCUUGCAAGGCAAUUCAAGGCACAUUUCAUUCAUCGAUCAGCAGUAUCCCCCCCCAACAAAAAGCACAACUUGAUGAAAUUUCAUUCAUUAUUGCCUUUAAAAAUUGUAACUGCAUCAUAUGAAAUUGUAGCUCAGGUAUCCAAAAAUCCAUGUUGUGGCUGAUGGGAUAUUUUAAGUCAGUGGUUUUUAACCAGUGUGCUGUGGUACCCUGGGGAGCCUUGAAUGAUGGUCAGGGGUGCCAUGGGCAACAAUGGUCUCUGUCCCUCUUCCUUUCCCUCUUUCCUCUGAUGGCCUCUCAUGUCUCUGCCUCCCAAAGGCUUGCACUGCUGUUGGCUGCAAGCUCCCCAGGUGAAUGGUGUCUCUGGGAGGCCCCUCUCUUUGGGGUGGGGUGGGGGCAGCUCAGGGACAGCAGCAGCAGCUACCCAGAAGACUCCCAAGGAGAGGGGACAGGAGGAUGUGGAAACACUCCACAAGGGAGGGUGUAUGAAAAAAGGUGAGAAGCUUCCAGGCAAGGGGCAACAUAACUGAACUGGUUGAAAUCCUCUGCUCUAAGUAAUGAGCACUGUGCAGCUUCUGGAUCCUGAAUAGAAUUGAGAUGAUUCAGGUGGAGCCAGAAUUUGACUGCAGUUUGUUGUGGAUUAGCCUGGAUCAGAUCAGAUCCACCUGGAGUAAUUUGGGGCUGUCAAAGGGGGUCAAUCUGGUGGCAUGGGUUGGGGGAGAGAGGAGAUGGGGAGUUAGGGUUGUUUACCAUUUUCCCUCCUAUAGGGUUGCCAUAUGUCUGGGAAAUCCCAGACAUGUCCUCUUCUGGGGGGCCUACAUCCCCAUCCGGGGGGAUUUUUACAAUUUUAAGAAAAUGUUUGGGGUUUGGGUAGGGUUAAAUUUGUGUGUGUGCGCACGUGUGUGCGCAUAGGUUUAGGGGCAGGCCCAGGAUCUAUCUUUGUCUCUGUCAUGGGCUCUGGGGUGAGUAUGUGAUCACCCCAAAAAAAACUCAAUAACUUUUUGUCUGGAAUUUUACCUCUUGGAAAUAUGACAAUCCUACCCUUCUGCUGCUGUUCUGCUGAAAAAAAAUGGCCUCCCCAAGCUGCUUUGCUACCUACUGCAGAGGGAGGGGGAGAUAGGGGAAGGUUUCAUGUGUGAACCACAUAAUUUAGCCCUCAGUGGCUGGGCUCACUGAGCUGCAACUGUGAAAAAUUCCCUGCUAGGGAUCAUUAGGAAAGGAAUUGAAAAUAAAACUGCCAGUAUCACAAUGCCAGCAUCCACAUCUAUGGUGUGACUGAAUCUGGAAUACUGUGUACAGUCCUGCUUAUCUCACCUCACCUCAAAAGAAGAAGAAGAAGAAGAAGAAGAAGAAGAAGAAGAAGAAGAAGAAGAAGAAGAAGAAGGGAUAUUGUGGAGUUGGGGAUGCAACCAAAAUGAUCAAGAGGAUGGAGUGACUCCCCUGUGAGGAAUGGUUGCAGCACAUGUGACUUUUGGGUUUAGAGAAAACUCAAGUAAGGGGUGGCAUGAUGGAAAUUUAUAAAAUUAUGUAUGACAUGGAGAAAAUGGAUAGAGAAAGUGGAUAGAGAAAAGUUCUUCUCCCUCUCUCAUAACACUAGAAUUCGUGGACACCUCAUGAAGCUGAACAUUAGAAGAUUCAGGACAGAAAAAGAAAGUCCUUCACUCAGCUCAUAGUCAAACUAAGGAACUUGCUGCCAAAAGAGGCAGUGAGAGCCACCAAUUUGGACAGCUUUAUAGUAGAGGUUCACAUAAAUUCAUAGAGGAUAAGGUUAUCAGUAGCUACUAGACAUGAAGACUGUGCUCUUCCUCCAUGUUUGGAAGCAGAUAAGGUAAAGAACCCCUGGACGGUUAAGUCCAGUCAAAGACUAUGGGGUGCGGCGCUCAUCUCGCUUUCUGUCCAAGGGACCCGGUGUUUGUCCACAGACAGCUUUCUGGGUCAUGUGGCCAGCAUGACUAAACCACUUAUGGCACUACGGGACACCGUGACAGAAACCAGAGCACAGAGAAACACCGUUUACCUUCCCGCCGGAGAGGUACCUAUUUAUCUGCUUGCAGUGGCGUGCUUUCGAAAUGCUAGGUUGGCAGUAGCUGGGACUGAGCAACGGGAGCUCACUCCGUUGCAGGGAUUCGAACUGCUGACCUUCCGAUCAGCAAGCCCAAGAGGCUCAAUGGUUUAGACCACAGUGCCACACGCGUCCCUAUGUUUGGAAGCAAUAUCCUUCUGGAUACUAGUUGCUGGAAAUGGCAGGAGUGGAGAAUGCUUUUGUGCUCGGAUCCUGCUUGCGGGUUUUCCACAGGCGUCUGGUUGACCACUGUGAGAACAGGACUAGAUGGAUCAUGGGCCUGAUCCAACAGGCUCUUCUGUUCUUUUUGGAAAAAAGUAUUGUGAUGCACAUGAGUCCAAAAUCCCACCUCCAAUAUUGCAGUAAAGGUGGCCUGGACCUCAAAGUCUCUAGCAGCCUCUCACUGCACGAUAAUAAUGAUAGGCGGUUUGUUGUUUAUCUUCUAAAUACAUGUCUGCUUAGGCCAGACAGUUCCUUUUCUAAAUAAAAUCCAACAUCUGUGUUUCUCAUUCUACACAAGAAAAAUGCAUUAGUCUUCAUUAUAUUAUUAUUUUUUAAUGUCUCCGCGGAAAACAAUGUCCUCAGAUGACCUUCCUCAAAGCAAGCAGAUUCUUUCUACUCAUUAGGAUUCAGCUGCAACACGGUGUACCAGUUAUAGGAUUCAUUUCUGUUCAGAUGAAUAAAUAAAUCUACAGCUAUUUCUGGCAUAACCAAGAUUCUUGGGUUCCACAGUCUGGAAGAAGCAAUACUUGCUUAAGUGAGCAUGAAUCCCCUCUUUAAAAUAUGUUGCACUGAAACGCAACUUGCACUCAAGAGAUUGCACUCAAGAGAGUGCAAUCUCUUGAAUUCCUAAGGCAGAAUACAUCUAGCUUAACAAAACAUUUAUGUAAAGAGAGAGAAAAACAAACAAACAAACACCACCUUAAGCACAAAAAAUGCGGAAAUCAUGGGGCUUUGCUUACAGUAAUCAAACCAGCUUUGUAUUCUCCUAAAUACCUAAAUGUAGAGUCUGCCAAAUUAUCAAUGUCUUCAGUUGUAGGUCACCCCCCUCCCCAAAUCAAUUUGGCACAUCCAAAGCUAACUGAAGAUAAAAUGAAGGAGUAGAUGUAACUUUGGUCCUGCUGACCAUAUUUGGAGACAGGUGGUUGCACAAAGAAUGAGAAAAUAAGGGUUUGCAUGUUUACUCUUUGCAUGUUUACAGGAAAGCAAAUGUGUCUGCCAGCUGGCAGCUCAAAUAGAUUUUAGCAAGUCGUUAUGACUGACAUUCCAAAAUUCAGUUUAAUGGCUUCAUCACAGACUAACCACCACAGAUAUCAGAGGGAAGUUUAUUGAGAGCAGAAUUCAAUGGAAAUGAGUUCUGGAUGACAGUAACUUGUUGGUCAGUGCUCAAUAAAUCUUUAAUAAAAAUGUAUUAGAAGAAAACAAAACUAGUAGACGAUAAGAGGGUAAGAGGUUCAAAGAAGAAGAGAAGUUUGAAUUUGAUAUCCCACUUUAUCACUACCCUAAGGAGUCUCAAAGAGGCUAACAAUAUCCUUUCCCUUCCUCCCCCACAACAAGCACUCUGUGAGGUGAGUGGGGCUGAGAGGCUUCAAAGAAGUGUGACUGGCCCAAGGUCACCCAGCAGCUGCAUGUGGAGGAGCAGAGACGCGAACCCGGUUCACCAGAUUACGAGACUACCGCUCUUAACCACUACACCACACUGGCUCAGAGAAGAUUGGAUGAACUCCUUAGUUUUGUUAAAUUGCACCUGAGCCUGAAUUUAGGAUAGUAGUUGUAAAAUGUGAGAAUAGGGAGAUUCCUGUUGUUGUUGUUGUUGUUGUUUAACUCUGGCCCAAUGGUUGCCAGUGGCUUGAAUUAAUUUAUUUUAUAAUGAAUGAUUUUAGAGUGUUGUUUGUGCUGUACUUUUGUACUGUUUUAUUGUUGUUAGCCGCCCUGAGCUCAGCUUCAGCUGGGGAGGGCGGGAUAUAAAUAAAAAUUAUUAUUAUUAUUAUUAUUAUUAUUAUUAUUAUUAUUAUUAUACAAUGGUACCUCGGGUUACAGACGCUUCAGGUUACAGAUUCCGCUAACUCAGAAAUAGUACCUCGGGUUAAGAACUUUGCUUCAGGAUGAGAACAGAAAUCGCGUGGCGGUGGCAGCGGGAAGCCCCAUUAGCUAAAGUGGUACCUUGGGUUAAGAACAGUUUCUGGUUAAGAACAGACCUCCAGAAUGAAUUAAGUUCUUAACCCGAGGUACCACUGUGGGGGGGGGGGGGAUAAACACACAAUUUAAUGAGGUUGCACUGGAAGAAUUAGAAAGGUCUCGUAAAACUUACAGUGCUGUAAUCACAAGCAUGGGUUUUUAGAAGUAACUCCUUUUCAAUUCUAUGGGAUUUUCUCCCCAAUAACUGUGUUUGUUUGUUUGUUGCAUUUAUAGCCCAAUUUUCCUUAAAAGAGCUCAAGGUGGCAUACGGGGUUCUCUUCCUCCUCAUUUAAUCCCCACAACAACCUUGUGAGGUAGGUUUGUCUGAGAGGCAGUGAUUGGCCCAAAGUGAUCUCCAAAGUGGGGAUUUGAACCCUGGUCUCCCAGGUCCUAGUCUGACUCUCUAACCAUUACACCACACAGAAUAUGAUGUUAUCUCUCAUAUCUUUUAUACCGAUAUGCCAUGAAAAAAAGUAUCGAAGUGGUUUACAGCAAUUAAAUUUAAAAAUGGUGCAAUUAAAACCAUAUUAUAAAGUUUAAACAUGGACAUCAAUUAAGCAUUGUGGAGGUUGUAUUCUGCAACCUCUGCCUGCAAAGGACUGGCAGAAUAGAAAUGUUUUCAGCAGGCAUUAAAAAGCUGGCACAGAAGUUCCACAGGACUGGAACGAUGGUAUUAAAAGCUUGGUUUCUUGUUGUCAAAUGAGCCUCACGGGAAACAGCCAAUGAUGCUCCAGCAGAUGAUCUCUGUGAUUUCCAAGAGAUUCCUUAGGUACCCUGGACCUGUGUUGUACAGGGCUUUGUAAUUUAAUGCAGUUAAAGGACAUAGUGGGAUUCGUACAAAUAUAUAUGCACACACAGAGAGAAAUAAACAAAGUAAGGAAUUAAUGAUGAACCUCCCUAACCACACACAUGCACAUUUCACAGCAGUUGGCUUCUCCCCUCCCGUCUGUUGAACGCUGAACAUUCAUGCAGAACAACCCCCACUAAUCUGAAAAUCAACUCAGACAGCUGGAGGACUUCAGGCAAUGUGGUGUCUGUUUUUGGGGGGAUGGGGGAGAUAUAUGUAUUCCAGACCUCUCGGAUUUGUACUCUGGGCCAGGUAGUUUCUGAAUUCACCACCAUCACUGCAUAUUAGCAAUCACUUUGGCAUUUGUUUUUGCUACCUUGAUGAAUUUUAAAUAUCCCUGCCCCCUUGGGAUCCCUCAGGAUGAAGGGUAGUGCGUGUGUGUGUGUGUGUGUGUGUGUGUGUAAUAAUUUAGCAUGCUGAACAGCUUUCUAGAAUGUAAAAGACUACACCGGGGAUGGAUACUUGGUUGCAGCUUCAGCCCAGAAUAAUAGGCACAUUGAUAGGUGACCUUAGUUUCUAGAGUGCUUCCUCUCACAUGCAUUAUGAUAGGGAUGGAGAAUCUGUGUCUUCCAUGUGUCUUUGGGCUCCAAAUCCCACCAUUCCUAACCACUGGCACUUUUCUGUCUCAGAUGCUGUGGCUAGUACAUUGGGCAUCCCGUGGAAUCCUAAAACUGUCAAGUUGCAAUGACUUCAAAAUGUCAUCUAGUUCAACCUCCUUCAAUGCACGAACCACAGCUCAAGAAAUCCCUGGCGGAUGGCCACCUAAGCUCUGUUUAAAAACCUACAUACCAUCACCAUGCCUCACAGAAUAGAAGAAAUUGAAUACUUUAUAGUAUCAGGGAGGAGAAAAGGUGUGAAAAUUGUCAAGAUCAAGAAGAACAAAGGUCACACGAUGGUCAAGGUCUGAUGCAACCAGUUUCUGCAUACUCUGGUCACCUGAGACAAGGAAAAGGCUACAAAACUGAGUCAUUAAAAAACAAACAACUGAUUCAUUCUCUGCCACCAGAUUUGACUGUGAAAGAGCUGCAAUGAACCAGUCAUGCCAGGAAUUUUGACCAAGGAUUGUAAUAAUAGACUGUAAUAAUAGCUGUUUAAAAAGCCCAUUUCAUAUGCUGGAGCCCUAAAUAUCUGAAGGGCUGCCUAAUGCCAUUCUGAAUUAUGAAAUUCCUAAAUGCUGGACCAAAAAGUAGAAAGUGUGGCUUCUUGGGCAGCUUUCAGUGCUUAAAGGAAUAUCUGAGAAAGUUCCUUAAUGGUCCAGAAGGACAUCAGUUACUUGUGAGCCACUAGGAUGUUCCUUCAGCUUAAAAAAAGUCCAAAUUUGCCACCACCAAGUGAGUCAUUACUGUCAAGGUGCUUUGAAAAUGUGUGUGGAAGCUUUGCCUGCAAUCAAAUAUGAAAAAUGGAUAAAUGGCACCUUUAGAUCUCAGCCAUGUGCAGUGAAUAUAUUGGUGGAAGGCCAGUAAUGUAAUGUUAUACAGUUUCAUUAUAAGGAACAUUGCAUAUUUGGUCUCUGGAGAGACGAUCAGAAAAUGAAAGAUGCUGCGUGAACCUCUGGAACAUUUAUGGUGUCAGGAAAAUAGAUUCCUACAGGAUGGAGGAAGUGGGAUGAGAUUUUUCAUGGGCGUGCAACAAUAAAACCCCCAAAAUGAAAAUAAACAAAAUAGUUCAUCACACAUCCUAUUCAGGCAAUAUGCAAAAUGUGCCAUUGCUAGCUCUAGUGAGCACUUUUUCAUUCUUGCCGUGAAUUCAUCACACAAUACGCUCCGCUUUUCUUUUUCUACUUCACAAUUGAGAGAGGUUUUUUCCCAUAAAAGCAGUGCAGGGUAACAUGGGAGCUUAAAGAUCUUGGUACACAUGCAUUCCUAUAGCAAAUAAGGGGUUUGCACCAUCCACAAGAUUCAAUCUGUGUUGCAGCCACACUAAGUUCUAUUUCCACCCAUUCACCCAUUCAGUAGAAUGAAAGCAUGGGUGCUGCAGGACUAAAAUAUUGCUUUCUUACCAAUAUAGUGCAAAUAUUAUGUGGCACCUGUAAUAGUGUCAUGCAGAGGAAUGGCAGAAGAAACCAGCUGGGGAACCCCCAAGGGAAGAAGGCUCAGAACCUGGGGAUUAAUAGUGGAACCACAAUGAGUGGUCAGAGCAGGCCGUCUUAAGCAUAUGCGCUGCCGGGGUGCAAAGAUCCAGCUGGCGCCCCCCCCCAGGCUGCCCAGAGUUGUCAAUCUUCUUUUAGGGGGGGGAACCCCAAAGUUGUUGACCUUUAUUCAGGAAAGGUUCCCAAGAGUUGUCAAACUUUGUUUAGGGAUCUGACGCCACACUUAUCUCUGCUCUGGAAAAGAAAACAGGAAACAUAAGAAGCCCAGUGCAACAAACCAGCCCGAGACGUCAGCAUCGGUGCCUUGUGGUGUAAGCUGUGUGUGCCUCGUGGUGUAAGCACAGCCCUACGCCAAUCCCAGGCACGAAGGAGGGCAGAGCCAGCCGGCCGGCUCAGCACCUCACUGGCUCUCUCGCCCCCAAAGUCACAGCACAGAGCUGCCCACAGCAAAAGAGCCCAUCAGGGCGCUCCGACCGACGGGCAGGCUCUUUCCCGGACUCCAACUCUCGGGCCCCGGACUCUAAGCCUGGUGCCCCUGAAAGCCCGGCACCCAGGUAUCCCACACCCCUGGUGCCUAUGGUUAAGAUGGCCCUGGGUAAGAGAGAGAGAAGGAGGAGGAGAAUGGGAAGAGGAGGUUUUGGAAGCUGAAGAG